AUGGCAGACGGAAGCCCUGCUUUGUUUGCUGGCAUUCCUCUAUGGGCUAAUAUCACACUGUCAGCCGCCCUCGUGACAAUAUCCGCCUACUUCGCUGGAACAACUCUUGGCGUUAUCAGCCUUGACAAGAUCUCCCUGAAGAUCGUUGCUCAGGCUUCAGACGAUGCGAAGGAGAGAAGACAUGCAAAGGCAAUAUUGCCAGUACGAGAGCGAGGAAACUGGCUGCUAUGCACAUUGCUCAUUGGAAACACCAUCGCAAACUCGUUCCUCUCUAUCUUGCUCGCUGGCUACACCUCAGGCCUGCUCGGCCUCAUCCUGUCAACCGCUCUCAUCGUCAUUUUCGCAGAGAUCAUUCCACAGGCGCUGUGCUCACGGCACGGGCUGCUCUUCGGUGCAAAGACAAUCUGGAUCAUCCGGGGCGCAAUGCUAUUACUCUCUCCCAUCGCCUGGCCUCUCUCGUAUAUCCUUGACAAGGUGCUUGGACACGAGGUGGGCAACAUCUACACGCGAUCAGAGCUCAAGCACCUUAUCCAGAUCCAUGUGGAGAACCCUCAGCACCAGGAGGAGUCUGGGCUGACAGUGGAGGAUCACCAGCUGCUCUCUGGCGCACUGGACUACAAGGACAAGCGGGUGAAGGAUGUGAUGACGCCGAUGAACAAAGUGUACAUGAUCGAGGCGGGCGUGCGGCUGAGCUUUGAGCACAUGCUGGAGAUCUACCGCAGCGGUUACACGCGCAUCCCCGUCUAUGACAAGGACCCCCAGAACAUCAUCGGCAUCCUCUACACCAAAGACCUCAUCCUCGUCGACCCAGAUGAUGAGUUGGAGAUCCGCACGCUCGUCACCUUUCAGGGCAAGCACACCGUGCAGUACAUCCUGGAUAUCACCCCGCUCAAUGAGGUGUUCAAGCUGUUCAAGACGAAUCGCACGCACAUGAUGCUGGCGUGCGCGCUGGACACGCUGGCGCAGGUUCCCGGCAACAUCCUCGCAUGCGCAUGCCCGCCAGGUGUUAUAACGCUGGAGGAUGUGCUGGAGGAGGUGAUCCAGGAUGAGAUCAUCGACGAGACCGACAACUUUGAGAGCAACGAGCAGAGCAUCCCCGUCGUGCGCCGCCCGGGCCGGGACCGGCCGGACGUCUCCGCCUACCUCGCGCUCUUCGAGCACAAAAUCCGCGAUCAGAACAAGCUGUCGCCCGCCGAAGUGCAGGCGGUGAGCGCGUUCCUGCUAACCGCCAUCCCUGAGUUCGCCAUCUUUGCCUCGGUCGACACCGUGCUCAAGGACGGCUUGGGGGAGGCGCACUCGCGCUCCCUCGACAACUUGUCGCUGUCCGGCAACGAGCAGCCGCUGUACACACGCGGCGUCCCCUCCCCCCACUUCACCCUCGUGCUCCAGGGCCGCGUGGACGUGUACGCUGGCUCAGAGCGCUUCUUCAGCGAGCUGGGCCCCUGGUCGGUGCUGGGCCAGAAGGCGCUGGCGGCCGAGGAGUACGUCCCGGACUUUGACGCGCGCGCGACCGGCGGCUGCCGCAUGCUGCGCAUCCACAAGGACGCGUACCAGGCUGCUCUGCGCAUGGGCAAGACCGACCAGAUCGUCGGCGUUCGCGCCAUGCGCCAGCUCACCCAGGUGGGUCCUCUUUCCACCCGGUGCUCUUCUGAGCUGAGAUGCCGAUUUACUGUUCGCCCGUCUCUUUGA